AUGUCGGAAGAAGAGCUGGAGACCGAGCCUGAGCCUCACCCAGUCCUCGAACAGCUGCCGGGAAUCCAAUACUGCAUCAACAGCCCUCCUCCAUGGCCUGAAGCUGUUUUGUUAGGCUUCCAGCAUUUUAUUCUGGCGAUCGGUUCAAUCGUGUUUAUUCCGACCAUGUUAAUCCCUGAAAUGGGUGGUGGUAACAAGGAGAAGGCGGCCGUAAUCCAGACAUCGAUGUUUGUUUCGGGUGUGAACACUCUGCUGCAUUCCUUCUUCGGCACGCGGCUGCCGUCGGUGAUCGGAGGAUCGUAUGCAUUCCUGAUUCCAGCGACAACGAUCAUCGGCGCCGGAAGAUACACCAGCAUCCAGUCGCCGGAGCAAAGAUUCCGGCAGUCGAUGAGGGAAAUCCAAGGCGCGUUGAUCGUGGCAUCGUGCUUCCAAAUGGUCCUCGGAUUUAGCGGCUUGUGGAGGAAUGUCGCGAGGCUCUUUAGCCCUCUUUCCAUGGUUUCGUUGAUCGCCUUCACCGCGCUUGGACUGUCUCAUCUCGGCUUUCCUCUGAUCGCCACAUGCACCGAGGUUGGAGUGCCGCAGCUGAUUCUAAUCGUCGCCAUUUCACAGUACCUUCCGAAAUUGAUACAUACGAAUAGGCCGGUGCUCGACAGAUACGCUCUGCUCAUCUCUGUUCCGUUUGUCUGGUUCUACGCCGCUGUCCUAACAUGGACAAACGCCGUACCCAAGAAUGCUCGGUGCAGAACUGAUGGCCCCGGCCUCAUUGGCGCGUCUCCUUGGUUACAUAUACCCUAUCCAUUCCAUUGGGGGCCUCCUACUUUCCGAGCAGGAAAAGCCUUCGCAAUGAUGGUGGCUUCUUUCGUUGCUUCGACUGAGUCGACCGGCUCGUUUAUUGCCGCGGCUAGAUAUGGCAGCGCGACGCCGGUGCCGCCUUCGGUGCUAAGCCGCGGCGUUGGAUGGCUGGGGAUUGGUACUCUGCUUAAUGCUUUGUUUGGGAGUGUCACUGGCACCAUGGCAACUGUUGAAAACACAGGCCUUUUAGCGUUGACAAGAGCUGGAAGUCGAAGGGUUGUCCAGAUUUCAUCCCUUUUCAUGAUCGUCUUCUCCAUUUUAGGCAAAUUUGGAGCUGUAUUGGCUUCUAUACCGCCGCCUAUUCUUGCAGCGUCGUACUGCGUCUUCUUCGGCUAUGUCUUAUCAGCGGGAUUAGGGUUUCUGCAGUUCUGCAACGUGAACAGCUUCAGGACAAAGUUUGUUCUGGGGUUUUCGUUCAUGGUAGGGCUGUCUGUGCCGCAGUACGGACGGGAGCAUUUUCUGGUACCGGAGGUGGGCCCUGUCCACAGCCGUGCGCAUUGGCUGAACGACAUGGUUUCGGUGGUGUUGAUGUCGAGUGCGACGGUGGCGGCGGCGGCGGCGGUGGCGGCGGACAUGAUUGUCCGGGACGAGGAGGCCCGGAAGGAUAACGGGUCGGAUUGGUGGGAGAAGUUCGUGGUUUACAGCAAAGAUGCGAGGACUGAUGAGUUCUAUCGAUUGCCUGGCAAACUGCUCAACAAAUGUUUCCCUUCUUUAUAA